UAGGCAGCUUUCAUCAUGGCGUCCAAUGGCCUAGUAUUUAGACCGGGCAGAGGUCCAUCUUUCAUCCUAGUCGGGCUAGUAGUCAUCGUUAUAAUACUCUUCUACAGCUACUGGGGUGUUUCUUCAAAAAAUAAUAAGUUACUUAGAGAUGUUAGCGUCUUACAAGACCGGUUACGUGUCUUAGCGGCUCGAAAGCUGACAGCAGACAAAAAAGGUUCUGCUCUACUAACCCAAAUCACUCAAUUGCAAGAAGACAAAGAGCAAAAAGAUAAGGUUAUCACCUCCAAAGACGACAGAAAUGCUGAGUUAUCAGAAUCUUUGCAAAAGAAAGAGGUUGAGUUAUCAAAAGUUCGACAGCAAGAGCAAAAUUACCUAAUGGAGUUAGAGAAACUGAAAAAAGGAGUAAACAGCUCAUCUUCAGGUCUCAAAACAUUAAAAGGAAAGGCUGAUCAGCUGUUGAAAAGUUAUCAAGAUAUUAAGGUUAAUCACUCUGCACUUCUCCAACAGAUUUCUAAGGUGACAUCUCAGAGGGAUUUUUACCAGAAGGAAUUAGCAAAUGUCAAGACAGAACUUGAAGACUUAAAGAAUAGAGCAGUCAAUAAGGUCCCCACAAAACCCAAUAAUGAAGGAAAUAAGGAACCAACUGAAAAUGAGGACAAUGACAGAGAUGAGAAAAAAACAGAUGAACCAAAGAAACCUGUACCAAGCACAUCAGAGACAAACAUGGAAGGAGCUGGGAUUGCGAAUUCCUCCUCAGCAGCAAAUGUUUCAGAUGUAAAGAAUAUAAAGUCGAUUGGAGAUAAGUCUCAAAGUGAAGAAGUUGCUAGUUCUCCAACGAAAAGAAGCAUUGGAAUUUUGGAUAAAUUGAAACAGGAUAUCACUGGGGGAUCAGAUGUAGAUGAGAAAGUGGUGACUAAAGAUAAUGGAGGUGCCCAACAGCCACCUGAAAAGAGUUCUGUUAGUGACAAGAACAGUCAACAAGGAAAUGAGGAUGAAGCUAACAAUGAAAGGAACAACCAGGAGGAGAAUGAAAAGAAAGUUAUGGACAAUGGACAGGGACAAAUAACUCCUACCAGCAGUGAGGAGAAGGAUAUGAAAGGAAAAGAUAAGAAUGAACGUGUGAGAGAUCAAGAGGAUGAAAAUGGUGAAGAGGAUGAAAAUGGUGAAGAGAAUGAGAACUUAGGUAAUGAAGAUGAUGAGUCUGACAAGGAUGUAGAUGACCCACAAAAGGACGAAGGAGAGGAAACUGAAAACAAACAGCAACCACUCUCCAGAGAUAAUCUUCAGAUGAAAAUGAUGAAUCCUCCAGACAGUUUUAAAGACAUGAGAGGCCUACCAAGAGAUGCUAUGUCAAAUAUGGAUAGAAAACAACUCCCAGUUGAUAACUCAAGGCUAAGUGUCAGCCUACCAAGGUCACGGGAUGCCCUUGGUAAAUAUGAUGUUAGAAGACGCAUGGGACGAGGUGAUACUGAGGAUCAAAUGAUACGGAAGUAAGAAUGGUGUGUGACUGAAAAUUAUCCACAAAUCUUCUCUUCUUUUUUACUGCACAGAUGCAAGACUUCCAGUAAAAAGAGCAUCAACAAGCUGAGUUUACAACAGACUAGUAGCAAAAAAACUUCACGUGAAUUACCUUUUUAGAGUUUGAUAAGGCCAAAUAAGUUAUUUAAUUGCACUGAGAAGGGAGCACUUCCUCAUGGAAUAGUUGUAAUGUUUCUUUUUUUCCUUUAGACACGUGCAUAAGGUACUAAAUUUAUAAUUGUGGUAUAAAAAUUGUCAUAACAAGAGAAAUGUUGCAUUUCUUUGUCUAAAUGUUUUAUUUUGCUUUCCUUAUAUACUAAUACAUUUGCUACUUUCAUUCUUUUAAAGAUGAAUAUUUUAGUAUUUUUGUUGGACUCUUAUAACUCCAUAACAAUGUCAAAAGGGUAUUGAAAUCAGCUUUAAGAAAACCUAGUAACAUUUGUAUCAUAAAUUCUUAGUUUGUGGGGCAACUGACCAUGGAUUCUGAACAGGGUAGGGUUUGAAUCCCCUAUGGAGAUUAAACUCAGGCUUUAGUACGGAAGAAAGAUCAGUCUUCUUCAUUGAUUUUGUGGUAGUCAGCUUCAACCCUUUAACUCCCAAAAGUGAUUAAAAUAUAACUUCUCCCUAUAAUUUCCAUACAUUAUCCUUCGAACAGGUAAUGAGGAAACUCGCACUUAUUAGGUAGAACUUUUUAUCCUGAUCUAAAACUAAAUUCUUGUAACUUACUAACCUGGAAAUGUUUAGCUGCCAGAGAAGAGAAUUAACAAUCUGAUCUUGAGAGUUAAAGGGAUUGAAAAGCAUAAGAUGGCAGCAAACAAUUGAGGGGCAAAAAUGGCACAAACAUCUAUCCUACUAGCAUUAAUUCCCUCUUGCUUUUCCUUACUACUCGACUCAUUUAGGAAGAAAUUAGGCUGCAAACGUAAUGUUAAGGGCUGCAAAUGCAAUUUUAAACUAUUGUAAUUCGAUUAGAAUCCAUUUUUCCUAGUUAUGAAUUCAUUUAAAUCACUCACUUUCAAAUUAAGGGCAUAAUGUUGACCACUAGCAGUUCCUCCAGUGGAAUACUGCAAAUAAGGCUAGUUGUAUUAUAAAGGAAACAAAGACCUCUUUUGUAAGUCUUCUAGAUUUUUAGGCUCAAACUUCAUUUUGUAGGUGUAGACGGAGCUACCGAUAUUAUUAGCAAUGCCUAUAAAAUUAAUUGAAAAAAAUUAUCAGGAUCCAUUAAAUUUAGUAGGCUCCUAAUUAGUGUGCUGUAAAUAACACUGAAGCCAUAGCUCUUUAAUAAAGUUCCAAUA